AUGACUCUCCCAAACCCAUCGCCACCCCUCCUCCUCACGAAGCGCCUCAACGCCUUUCUACACGCCAACCAAACCCCCCAGCUGCCCACGCUCCUCCUCACCACCUGCCACGGCAAGCUCCUCGCCCACGCAAGCCCACACCCGGUAUCUAUCCUCCGCACACACGCGACCGUCGCGGCCUCGCUCCUCGCCAUCCACACCUCCUCCUCGGCCGACGUGCCCUCCGCGCUGCCCGGCUCCCGAACCCCCGACCCCAUCCCCAGCUCGCCCGUCCUCUACCCAGACACCUCGGAUAAAGAAGACUACGGCGACGACGACGGCGACGACGACGACGACGACGACGACGACGACCAAGACGCAGCCCCCCACGCCACCGCAGCGUCCAAAAGGGCAGCCGCGAAAAGGAGAGCCGCCCGGUCCGUCAAACCCGUCACCAUCACAGUCCAGCUCAGCGGCGGGACCGUCAUCAUCCGCCGCCUCAAAUGCGGCCUGCUCUUCGUGUCCGUCGGCCCCUCGGCGCACGACCUCCAGCCCGACGCGCACCUGCAGCCCGAAAACGGCGACGCAGCCGGUAGUCCCAGCGAGGUGGAGAGCCUAGCCAGCGCCGGGGCACAAACGUCGUCCAGCCUGGAAAGCGCGGGCGCCGCCUCCGUCGUCGCCAUGAGGAGGCACGCGGCAGACCUGGCGCGCUGGCUGGACGACAAGCUGGGCACGCUGCGCGUCCCCGAGGAAGGCGUCGGGUCGAGCGACUGGAAGAACUGA